GGCGGAUUUAGGCAUGGGCAACGGCCCAGGGCGGCAUCUUGCCGGGGGCGGCACGGGGCACCUGCGCAAGAAAAAUAAAAACAAAUGUGCGAUCGGGUUUUUACCGCUUAUUUGCAUGUAACGUCUCCGUGUGCACGUAUCAUAUCAACUUGUGGGUCAAUUAACCUGGUCGGGAGGAACUCGGAGUGUGAGCCCGGAGAAGAACUCUCACUCAAAAGUAUACGAGAAUGGCUCAGGGAGGGGCAGAAGAAUGUCAUAUAAAAAGCACAAUAAACGUAGAAUCUGAAUCUAACAGCAAACGACAACAACACCGCUGUAUCUCAUGGACGAGUUUACGCUUCGAAAUGUUAACCUGCAACAGGUCCAAAACCAGAUCCGCCACAGGACCGACGGUCUGAGCUCCAGCACUCUGGUGCUGCGUCGAGGACAGUCGUUCACAAUUCUCAUGAACUAUGAUGGACGGCCAUUCGAUCCACUGAAGGAAAAACUGGUCUUCCGAAUUGUUCUAGCAGGGCCACUGUUUGUAGAGGUGCCUGUCUCCAUGUCUGGACAGCCUUCUCCAUCUCAGUGGAGUGCCAUUCUGGAAAGGAGCGUACCGGCCCCAAAUGCACCCCGUACGAUGUCGGUUUCACUGUUCAGCCCUGCGUCUUCCUCUGUAGGAGUCUAUACCCUCCACCUGAGAGUAGAGACCCGCUUGAGUGUGAAAACCCAUUUGCUUGGCCAGUUCACGCUCCUCUGCAACCCCUGGUGCCAAGCUGAUUCAGUGUUCCUGCCGUCAGAGGAUCUGAGGGAUGAAUACAUCAGGAAUGAUAUUGGCCUGCUGUUUAAAGGCAGCCCCGGUAGCGUCGUCUCCAGACCCUGGUCUUUUGAUCAGUAUGAAAAAGGGAUACUGGACAUCUGUAUGAAAUUGCUGCAGUUGAGUCCUCAAUAUCAAAGCGACAUGAGUAAAGAUCUGCUCAACCGCAACAAUCCGGUGUACAUUGGCCGUGUGAUCUCAGCUAUGGUGAACUGUCAGGAUGAUAAAGGGGUGUUAAUGGGGAACUGGUCAGGAAACUACAGAGAUGGUGUAAACCCCUCAAAUUGGUCCGGCAGCGCUGAUAUUCUCAGGAUGUGGUCAGAAACACAAUUCAGACCUGUGAAAUACGGACAGUGCUGGGUGUUCGCUGCUGUCAUGUGCACAGUUAUGAGAGCCCUCGGCAUUCCAACUCGAGUGGUCACCAACUUUAACUCUGCUCACGACACAAACGCGAAUAUGGUGAUUGAGGAAUUUUACUCAGAGAUGGGGAAAAAGCUGUCCAUCGGCCGGGAUAGCAUCUGGAAUUUCCAUGUGUGGGUGGAGAGUUGGAUGAAGAGGCCUGAUCUGGGACAAGGUUAUGACGGCUGGCAGGUUCUUGACCCCACGCCACAAGAGCUGAGCGCAGGAAUGUACCGCUGUGGCCCUGCUGCUGUUAAAGCCAUUUAUGAGCAGAAGGUGAAUGCGCCAUACGAUGUACCGUUCGUUUACGCAGAAGUGAAUGCGGAUGUGCAUAGUAUAAUCAUGAGAGAUGGGAAAAUAUUAGCUACUAACGUGGACAAAAAGAGAGUUGGAGCCCUGAUCUGCACCAAACGUCCCGGAUCCAUGCUUAUGCAGGACAUCACAUCAGAAUACAAAACUGAGAUGAUGGAUAGAUCGAUUCGUAUGUUCAGCGAUGAUGUUCGAGGUGGUGAAAGUGCUAAUGAAAGAGUCGCACCUCAGGGCAUUGCAGUUUCUCUCCAGCUUCUAAAAGCUCCUGUAGUCGGAGAAAACAUCACUUUCAACGUCACAAUCACUAACAGAGAGGCAGUUCCGAAACUGCUUAGAAAACAUGUGAACGCUCAGAACAAAGAGUACAACCGCAAUCCCACUGGAACCUUCUGGGAGGCUCAUGAUGAUCUGGAGAUCGGCCCGAGAAAAACUGUGACUGUACAACAUGAGAUCAUCUUCAAGGAGUACAUGCAGAAGGAGAUUAUGGAGGAUUACCUGGUUAACCUGGCUGUGGUUAUAGAGGAUGUGAAGUCUCAAGAGAGAGUGCUGGUUUCAGAAGAGUUUAACAUCUGCAGCCCUGCCCUCAAUAUACAGAUUCAAAACGAGAACUCUGUCAUCAUUAACACGCAGCAAGUUGCCACGGUGACCUUUACCAACCCAUUCAACGUUGCAGUGAGCGGUGAACUGACCAUAGUGGGUUCAGGACUCUUGGAGGAGAAGGUUCAGAUGAGGGUUACGAUCCAACCUCGAGAAACCAUGAGGAGCCCCGUCCGUUUCAUUCCCAGGAUGACAGGAGCCAAGAUGCUUCACGCUAGUUUAGUGUUGAUGAAUCUGUCCACCGUCCUCCGUGGAUACAAGACCAUCAAUGUUCAAGCAGCUUAGAGUGAAACAACUUUUAGGGAUGAUUGCGUACCAUCAACAUGACAUACUUUGCUAGUGGCUGAAACACCUUUAGAAAGUAUUGCUAUUUAUUAUGUAAACAUUUAUUUAAUAUCACUGUAAAUUGUGUCACUCUGAAUUAUGUGUGCCAAGUUUAUAUUGGCAAAAGUCUGAAAAUAAAGUAUUAUUCAUGUCCAUGCA